AUGAGCUCUAUGCCCGAAGACUUGGUGGACAAGUUGAACAAAUUGGUAAGCAAUGAGGAUGUGCCAGUUUUGAAAAGGGUGCAGCAAGUUUUUGAAUGCCUUCAAAAGAAUGGGUUUGGGCACAAAGCUAUGGUGAAGCCCAGAGAAACACUGACCCAUCCCAGUAACAGAGGUGGCAGCCUUCUGAAUGCAACUGAUGUCUGGGACAAGGGAAUGAGAAUGGUUGGAAUUGGAAUCCAACCUUCCAUGCUGCAAGAAGGAGGAGUGGCUUUUGAAAUCAGCACUGACCAGACUACCAAGCAGAGUCAGCUGAAAGCCAAUGAGGAAGUGGUAGCUGGCUCCAAUGGUGCCCUUGCAAAAGUGUCAAUGGAGGAGCGGUACCUCACUGUGGCCACUUCCCACACUGCUGCUUUCUGCAAAGCAGUGGAGCAAGGUUGCAAGAGUGCUGAUGGAAUGUCAGUGGAGAUGAAAUCAGAUGAUGGUUUGCACAAGAUAAUCACUGAAGGUUGGCCUAUGUUUGUGAUCAGUGAAAUUGUGGAAAGGAGCAUUCCUUCUUUGCCUGCUUGGUUGCAAAUGGCCAUGAAUUCAGUGAACAUGGGCUUCAAGCAGGUCAAUGAAAUUGAGGCUGCUGCUUUGAUGGCUGAAUUCAUCAAACAUGGGAAGACCUUGAAUGAAGCCCUGGCCCAAGUGGAGAAGACUGAUCCUCUGUGCAAGCCUCAAUUGCAUGCCAUUGCCUACUAUGUCAGCAGGUAUGGUGGAGGUGGCCAACAAAGUCUACUGAAAUUUCUGAGCCAGUUCAGUAAGACAUAUGGCAGCUUGCAACUGGGUCUUGAAAUGAUGACCACCAUUGCCUACAUGGACAUGAAGGUGGGCUACAAUGAUGAGUUCUUCAAAGAGCCAGGCAAGAAGGAAGAGAUCUUGAAAUUAGAGAAUUUGGUGGGUGCUAAGCCUUUUGAAGUGGCUUUGCUGCAGCAUGACCACCUGCAAAUUGGCAAGCUGCAUCUUGGUCUUGUCUUGAAGCUGAAGUACUCCAACAUGAAGGUGGGAUCCUCCAAAGUGUUUGAGCUGGUGAAAUGUGAAGAUGAUGGCUUCACCUUUGUCCAUUCCCCUUUUUUUGGCCCCAAGGAGGAGUUGAAAGUUGCUUUCGAAGAGUUGAGCAAAUGGAAGAAACACAAAGGUGGAGCCCCAACUGCUUGCUCCAAAGACAUGCUGCAGAAGUUGCUUGUGCAUAACAGUGUGGCCUUGCAAGAUGAAAUGGCCAAGUGCACAGUGCAGAAAGUGCUGCUGGAAACAUGCCAACAACAUACAAUGGACAAUCAGACUUUGCUGUUCACCCAAAAUCCAACUGGUGCUUGGGCUGCAAAGAAUUUGAAAAAGGGAGAAUUGAAGUUGUAUCCAGCAGGCACUGUCAGCAAAUUGAAGCAAAGUCCUAAAGGAAAGCUGACUGCCUUGUACAAUGGUCAGCACUUUGCCAUUGCCUCCUUUGCCAGGGCCAAUGAUUUUGAUGAGGAGAAAGGAGUGAUGGAUCCUUUUUUCUGGGUGAAGAGCAGCAGUGAUCCUGAUGAAGUCACUAUGGUUGCAAGCACCCAGGUCAUUGACAAGGUUCAAUUGCCUCUCUUGACCAAUGCCAAAGCAUUGAAGGCUGGUGAGCAAUUGGUGGUUCUGAAGCCAUCUGAAGAAAAUCAGGAAGCUGCUGCCUCUGGCUCUGCACCCCAAGCCAAAAAAAGGAAGACCACCAAGUGA